CGCGGCUAAAGGGUGUAUAUCCGGCGCUGUGCUGGCUCGGGGUUUGAGCAGUGUUGGUACCACAGAGCAAGACCGGCCCUCCAGCUGAACGCGCUUAAAGAUGGAGCUCCGCCCACUGCUGAUGUGGUUUGCACUGUGCGUGGUCUACGCCACCAGCAAGCCAACGGAGAAGAAGGACCGCGUCCAUCAUGACCCCCAGCUAAGCGACAAGGAGCACGAUGACACGGAGAACUUCGAGUACGACCACGACGCCUUCCUGGGCCAGGAGGAGGCCAAGACCUUCGACCAGCUGACCCCUGAGGAGAGCAAGGAGAGGCUGGGAAUGAUCGUGGAUAAGAUCGACGCCAAUAAGGAUGGCUAUGUUACAGAGGAGGAGCUGAAGGCCUGGAUUAAAAAGGCCCAGAAGAAAUACAUCUACGACAACGUGGAUCGACAGUGGAAAGAUUUCGACAUGAACAACGAUGGUGUGAUCUCCUGGGAGGAAUACAAGAACGUUACAUAUGGCACCUACCUGGAUGACCCGGACCCUGACGACGGCUUCAACUACAAGCAGAUGAUGUCCAGAGAUGAGAGGCGCUUCAAAAUGGCUGACAGAGACGGCGACCUCAUCGCCAGCAAGGAGGAGUUCACUGCCUUCCUGCACCCAGAGGAGUAUGACUACAUGAAGGACAUUGUAGUGCUGGAAACCAUGGAAGACAUUGACAAGAAUGGAGAUGGCUUUAUUGAUUUAGAAGAGUACAUUGGGGACAUGUACAAUCACGAGGGUGACCCCCAGGAGCCUGAGUGGGUGAAAACUGAGCGUGAGCAGUUUGUGGAGUUCAGGGACAAGAACAAGGACGGGAAGAUGGACAAGGAGGAGACCAUGGACUGGAUCCUUCCCUCGGACUACGACCACGCCGAGGCGGAGGCCAAGCACCUGGUGUACGAGUCUGACGUGGACAAGGAUGGUCGCCUCACCAAAGAAGAAAUAGUGAACAAAUACGACUUGUUCGUCGGGAGUCAAGCAACAGAUUUCGGAGAGGCCUUAGUACGGCACGAUGAGUUUUAAACCCCAUCUAGAUAGGAAUCAUUUUUUUAAUCUUGACUAGAUGAACAAUAAUUUAUUUUAUGACUUCCUGCUCCACCUCUUUCCAGCGUGUCCAGUGAUACUGCAGCAACAACAUCCAAUAUUUUUGUGUUUGCUUUUUGCAGACAAACUUCCAGUUUUGUGUGUGUAACAUUAAGUUCUACAGUGCUUUUUAGUUAUCCUUGGUUGCUCUUAUUCAGAGUAUGUUUGGCAUGCAAUGGUUUAAAAGAAGCUUGACAUGAAUAUAAGCUUUAUCAUAUUUUGUAAUGUACUUUAAAAUGCACUGGAUUAAUGAAAAAUACUUCCUUUGAAUUGGCUGUAGGUAAUCAGACUGCGCACCAUAUAGUCAAAUCAUAAGUGUCUUGUAUUUGACCUGCUCAGCAGACACUGCUCUAUGUAUGUGUGGUAAUGAAACCAUUAGUUACAUUAAUUUCAGCCUUUUCUCCCUUAUAGCCUUACGGUAGAAACUAUUCUUGAUUUUUUUUUUUGCACUCCCUUGCCAUUUUGUGGUACUUUUAUUUGUAUUUGAAUACUAAGAACCAGUACACAUUAAUGAGAAUAUUACAAUAGUCAGCUGGUUUCCAGCUUACAUUCCUACACCUGUAUUCUGUGCCUUUUUGUUUUCUAAGAGUUUUAUGUCAUUAGGUGGUUGUUAAAGGGGCUUGAUGCCUGUUGGAAAAAGCUAACAUUUCCACAAGUGCUCUUUCUCCUACAGUAGUGUAUGUCCACUGAUGCAGUCUGUCCUCUGAAGCCAGGCUUUCAUGGGGGAACAUGGAAGUGUUA